CCAACGGAGUUCGGAGGCCAUGAGGCCAACGAACAAGCAGAUGAAUGAAGAUCGCAAAGCCGUUGAUGAACAAAUUUGAAACCCUAAAAUCGACCAUAAACCCCAAUAUACUGCAAGCAUUGCGAAGUCUUUGCGUCCCAAACAGCAACCUCAAUUAUGGCGCAUAUGGGCAUCUCAUCCAACACUGUACAGACAAUAACCUCCCUCGGCAAGCCAAGCAACUCCACGCCCGCAUUGUUCUCUUCUCCAUUACACCCGCAAAUUUCCUUGCUUCAAAACUCAUCAAUUUCUACUCGAAAGUCAAACAGCUCGAUCAAGCCCGGUACCUGUUCGACAGUAUUCCCCAGAAAAAUACCUUCUCGUUUAACGCCCUGCUCAUGUCCUACUCCUUUCAUGACAUGUAUUUGGACGUUUUGAAGUUGUUUUCAUCGUUGGUUUGGUCUGGUUUGGGUGAUGGUAGUGUUAGGAUCGACGAAUACACCGUUACUUGCGUCUUGAAGGCCUUGUCGGGUUCGCUUUGUGACUUGAGGUUGGCUAAUGAGGUGCAUUGCUUUGUCUUGCGAUGUGGGUUUGAUGAGGAUGUUUUUGUAGGUAAUGGGUUGAUCACGUUUUAUGCAAAAUGUAACGCUGUUGGACUGGCCAGGAGAUUGUUUGAUAGAAUGCCUGAGAAAGAUAUUGUGUCUUGGAACUCUAUGAUCGCUGGGUAUUCCCAAGGAGGAUAUUAUGAGGAGUGUAAAGCAUUGUAUAGGAAGAUGAUAGAUUCUUCACAUUUGAGGCCUAAUGGGGUGACACUGCUUAGUGUCUUGCAAGCUUGUGGGCAGUCAAAUGAUCUUAUUUUAGGCAUGGAAGUUCAUAAGUUCGUAGUUGAGCGUCAAAUUGAGAUUGAUAUUUCACUUUGUAAUUCUUUAAUUGGAUUAUAUGCUAAGUGUGGCAGUUUGGAUUAUGCUAGAGAAUUAUUUGAAGAGAUGGACGAGAAAGAUGAAGUCACUUAUGCUGCACUUAUUUCUGGUUAUAUGUUUCAUGGGUUUGUUGACAAAGCCCUUAUUCUUUUCCGUGAAAUGAAACAGCCAGGAUUGAGUUCAUGGAAUGCUCUGAUUUCAGGUCUUUUUCAGAAUAACCAGUGUGAGGGAAUAUUAGAUUUAGUUCAAGAAAUGCUUGCACGUGGUUUGAGACCAAAUGUUUUUGAUCAGUCAAAGUCCAGGAGCUUGAUUCUUUGGACAGCAAUAAUUGCUGCAUAUGCCUCCCAUGGAGAUGCUAAUGCAGCCCUGAGUCAUUUUGAUGAGAUGUUGAAUAAUGGGAUUCAGCCAGAUAACGUUACAUUCACAGCAGUUUUGACAGCUUGUGCUCAUUCUGGAAUGGUAGACAAAGCCCAAAGAAUCUUUGAUGCAAUGCUUCCGGAGUAUGGAAUUGAGCCCUCAGUUGAGCACCAUGCUUGUAUGGUAGGGGUUUUAAGCCGAGCUGGAAGGCUCUCUGAAGCAACAGAACUCGUCUCUAAAAUGCCAAUUCAACCAAGUCCUAAGGUUUGGGGUGCAUUGCUGAAUGGGGCUUCAGUUGCUGGUGAUGCUGAACUUGGGAAGUUUGUUUGUGAUCAUUUGUUUGAGAUGGAACCUGAAAACACUGGCAAUUAUAUAAUCAUGGCAAACUUGUAUUCACGAGCUGGGAGAUGGGAAGAAGCUGAUAUGGUCAGAGAGAGGAUGAAGAAGAUUGGGUUAAAGAAGAUCCCAGGGACUAGCUGGAUUGAAACUAGUGGAGGUCUACAAAGCUUUGUUGCAAAGGAUAGGUCAAGUGAAAAAACUGAAGAGAUAUACAUGAUGUUGGAAGGAUUACUUAGUGUCAUGAGAGAAGAAGGGUAUAAUCUGCAGGAUCAGAUAGAUGAGGAGACUGUUUAUGAUUGAACAUUUUUACACCCAUAUAGUUGACGCGGUUAUUAUUAAUGCAUUGAGGGUUUUCAUUUAGCAGCCACGAGGCUGCCUUGACUUCUACAAUUCCUUUGUAUUUGACAUGUUGUAUAUAUAGUUUAUAUAUGCUAACACUAUGGACCAAAAAAAUCUAGAGAAGUCAGGGAGCAAGUAAACACUUUUGAUUUGUGGUAGAUCAAAAUGCUCCUAAUCAUCAUAGAUGCCCUGCAAGUCACAUAAUCAUUAAUUUGUUCAGAAGCACCAUUUGCGACUCUGUAAUGCAACUCUGUACAUCAGUCUAUAAAUCCAGAAUUUUAUG